CCAGUGACAUUACCAACACAGGCUUCAUCCAUUCAUUUGUUCCAUCACGACCAGCACCACGCGGAACGACCUGAAACUUUUUACAGUAAUUAGUGCUAUUCUUAGCUCCUCGCAUUUAAACACUUCAUCGGAUUAGCCUCGGGGUUUGACAGCGACGGGCCAGAGCCACCAAUAGCGGGUGGCGUGAGAUCAACUACACCGAUUUAACUAAUCCGUGUGACGCCCAAAGGUGCGGUAGAUCCCCGGUAGGUGCGCUACAGAGAAGCCUGGGAAGGACGAAUGACCUCGGCCAAACGAGUGGACUGAGGCCUGCUGCUGCAGAGCUGCUCCAACACUAUGAUCAUAACACUGCGGGCUCUCUUCGAACAAGGGAGGACAUUUUUGGAUGCACAGAAGGCAGCAGUUGAAGAUUUUGCCAUGAACAAAAACAAGAGAGAAAGAGAGUUCUAUAGCCUAGAUGUUGGGGAUUCGACGUUUACAGUACUGAAGCGAUACCAGAAUCUAAGACCCAUUGGCUCAGGAGCACAGGGAAUCGUCUGCUCUGCUUAUGACCAAGUCCUUGAGCGAAAUGUUGCCAUCAAGAAGCUGAGUCGGCCAUUUCAAAAUCAAACGCAUGCCAAGAGGGCGUACAGAGAGCUAGUCCUAUUGAAAUGUGUCAAUCACAAAAAUAUUAUUGGACUAUUAAAUGUAUUUACGCCACAAAAAUCCUUAGAAGAAUUCCAAGAUGUGUACUUGGUGAUGGAGCUGAUGGAUGCCAACCUGUGCCAGGUGAUUCAGAUGGAGCUCGACCAUGAGAGGCUGUCCUAUCUGCUCUAUCAGAUGUUGUGUGGUAUCAAACACCUCCAUGCUGCCGGCAUCAUUCAUAGGGACCUCAAGCCCAGUAACAUAGUUGUCAAGUCAGACUGCACGUUGAAGAUUCUGGACUUCGGCUUGGCUCGGACAGCUGCCACAGGCCUCUUGAUGACACCGUAUGUGGUUACACGCUACUACAGAGCACCAGAGGUUAUCCUGGGCAUGGGCUACCAAGCCAAUGUGGAUGUAUGGUCAGUGGGCUGCAUAGUGGCCGAGAUGAUCAGGGGAAGCGUGUUGUUCCCCGGCACUGAUCACAUCGACCAGUGGAACAAGGUAAUUGAGCAGCUAGGCACUCCAUCUCAGGAUUUCCUAAUGAAGCUGAACCAGUCAGUAAGAACAUAUGUAGAAAACAGACCACGGUAUGCUGGAUACAGCUUUGAGAAGCUCUUCCCAGACGUGCUCUUCCCUGCUGACUCUGAUCACAAUAAACUGAAAGCAAGCCAAGCUAGAGAUCUUUUAUCGAAGAUGCUGGUGAUUGAUGCCUCCAAGCGCAUCUCUGUAGAUGAGGCCCUGCAGCACCCCUACAUUAAUGUUUGGUAUGACCCAGCUGAAGUGGAAGCGCCCCCUCCGAAGUUCCCGGACAAACAGCUGGAUGAGAGGGAGCACACAGUGGAAGAGUGGAAAGAACUAAUUUAUAAGGAAGUGAGUGAAUGGGAGGAUUGGAAAAAAAAUGGAGUGAUUAGAGGCCAACCACCUCCUUUAGGUGCAGCAGUGAUCGACAGCCCUCCUCAGCCCUCGUCCUCCUCCUCCUCGUCUUCGGCCAAUGACGUCUCGUCCAUGUCAACAGAGCCCACUGACCCGAGCAGUGACCCCGCCAUGACCUCUGAAACAGACAGCAGCUUGGACAGCCAUACCUCUCUGGGUGCACUGGCCUGCUGCAGAUAACGCACACACAGAAUACACGGUCACACACCUAUACACAAAAACAAACCUUUCCUCAUCAUUCUGUAUGAUGGGAGAGGCUUUAAGCCAACCGAAUUUCUCAUGUUAGUUUGUAGGGCUGAGCUUUUAAUGUACACUUUGUUUUUAUUUCCUCUCCCCUAUACUGCUGUAAAUGACUGUGGUUUGAAAUUGUAUCAUUAUUACAGUAUUUUUGCUGCAGAGAAUCAGAGUAUGUUUUGAUGUCAAUCUGUGAUGUGUGUUAUAAAAGAGAGGGAUUUGAGUGUACUUUACAUGUUGCUGUUUUUUAGCUACUGCUAUACAGUUGAAUACCAUACUGUUAGCAUUGCAAUAUUAUGUUGACUAUAUUUUUUGAUUUUGGCACAUCUGAAUGACUCUACACCAGUGCUGUCUUUUACAGUAGACUAUAGCACAUUUCAUUUUGGAUCUUAAUGCAAAUAGAUUCUAUUUUGAGAUUGUUCCUCAUCUUUCUUGGUGUAUCUAGAUUAAUGUAUUUCUUAGUAUUAUGCACUUCUGAUUGUGUACAUCUUGACAAGCGGUCAGUUGGUCUUUUGCCAUGAUACAGUUUUUUUUUUUUUUACUACAGCAUACUGUAAACUGACUAUUUUAACUUAAUUAUUUAGAUUUGUAGGUGACAGUCUGUUGGAUGAAGAAGAGCAGGGUGAAUGUAAAUGAAUAGAAAUGUGGCGCAGUAAAGACGCCACUGACUACAGUUAGCACUGUAACAGGUUGAGAUGGGCCACUCCACUGGCUAGAACGAGUUCUGUAUUUGGGGACCUUCACCAGAGACAGACUUUUUUGGCAAGUUCUUUACAACAUUUUGAUAUUUCAGAUAUUUAAUUUAAGUGCCCUUACAAUGAUUUUUAGUCCUCCCCCUGGCAGAGGCUCCUCUCUCCUGUGGUGUGUCUUUCUGAGUUCUACCUCACACAUGCAUUCACUCAAACACAGACAGUUAUGUAUAUCGUGGCGCACACAAUUCGAAAGAAAUGCAAAAAAAAGAGUUUUUCUCUUUGUGUUUAUUUAUUUAUUUAUUUAUUUCAAGCUAGGAGGUGUCUAUUGUAUGUAAUGUACAUUUCAGAAGUACUAUUUAUAUGCCUUAUUUUUCAUUUUUUGUUUUCUGUGCAAUAUAAUUCAUAGAUUAGUAUACUCAGUGAUUGAUCUGUACAUUUUACUGUAGAUGUAUGUACUGUAUAUUUUCUGACAGUCAGGAAACAGGCAUUUGCUGCCUGCCAUGGUAACCUUGGAUGAAUUUGAUGGCUCAGAUUGUCCACUCUGCCCAUUUGCCCUUUUCAUUGUAGGGCAUUCCAGGCAAUAACCCUUAGCAUCACCUCCCACAGUGCCCUUGUGACACAUGCCCUGGCCUUUUCUGGGCCACGUCUCAACUGACUGUUGUGGUUUUAUCUUUUUGUGGUUUUCCUCUCCUCCAUCUUCUCAAAAAUAGAAACGAUAGAAUAGAUUACGCAUGGGUUUUCUCUGAGCAAACCUGGUUUUUAGUGCAGGUACAUUUAGAGGAAAGAGAGGAAAGCCAUUU